AUGGCCGAUUCAUCACCAACAACUGAAAAUAAAAAACUCGAUGAUUUCUAUCAAAGUAUUCUAUCAAAAGAACCAACUGUUCGAUUAGAAUGUUUUUCUGCACUUGAAAAUUAUUUAUCUGAUGUAAACACAUCACUUGAAUGUGAAGACCUAACUGGUUUUAUUACUGGUUUAUUUAAAUGGAUUGAAGGCAGUAAUUUUCGAAUUGCUUAUAAUGGUCUUCGAGCAGUGGAAUUACUUAUUGAUCGAUUAAAUUCAUAUGAAUUUGAAUGUUUACUUGAUAAUGUUGUAUCUAUAACAGUUGAUCGAUUGGGUGAUGCCAAAGAUCAAGUUCGAGAAGCGGCGUCUAAUCUCCUUAUAAAAUUAAUGACAACCUUCACACCACGACGUAUUUGGGAUUUAAUACAACCAUUAUCAUUUGAUCAUAAACAAUUUCGUGUAAAAGAAGAAAGUCAACUUUUACUUAUAAGAUCAUUAAAUGAGUUUGGUGCAUCAACACUUCAAUUUAGUAAACUUGUUCCACUUAUUUGUAAACUUGUAUCAGAUUCAAAUGGAACUGUUCGUCAACAAGCAAUUGAUACGCUUGUAGAAAUUUAUCGUCAUGUUGGAGAAAAAGUUCGUAAUGAUAUUGCUAAACGCGACAUACCCGAAGCCAAAUUAAAACAACUUUACGAAAAAUUUGAUGAUGUUAUUGCAAGUGGUCGAAUGAUUGCUAAAGUAACGGAUUCAACAGAUGAUGCUCGUGCAAAAUCAUCAACAGUAAAAUCUCGACGUGAUUCGGAUGGUAGUGGAACAGUACCUCGAGCAAGACCAAGUGGUAGUAUUCCAGCACGAACAACUAUUGGUAGUUCGACUUCAGGAGAAACAAGUAAAGUUUCUUCUUCUUCUUCUACCAAUCAUCGUUCACGUUCAUUAUCUGGUAUACUACGUCCACACUCAUCUAUAUCAGCAACAGGAGCUGCUGCUAGUGGAGCAGUUGAUGAAGCAAUAUUCGAAGAUGCAUUCAAUGAAUCGCAUGACAUUAUGUUCUCAUCAGGUAAAGAUGUCGAAAAUCAAUUAUUAAAUAUUCGAGAUACACUUGCUGAUACUAAUAAUGAUUGGGAAAAACGUAUAGAAGCACUUAAACGACUACGUUCAAUAAUAUCCGGUGGUGGUGAUCAAUAUGAUGAAUUUUUUCGUAAUCUUCGUCAACUUGAUUUACCUUUAGUAACAACUGUAAAAGAUUUACGUUCACAAGUAGUUCGUGAAGCUUGUAUUACAUUAGCAUUUAUGUCUGUUCGUUGUAAAAAUCGUUUUGAACGUACAGCUGAAGGUAUUAUACCAGCUAUGGUUAAUCUUAUACAAAAUAGUGCAAAAAUUAUUUCAACAAGUGGAAGUGUUGGUAUACGUUAUAUUGUUAAUAAUACACAAUCAACUAAACUUGUUCCACUUAUAUUAACUGGUAUUGAAUCAAAAUCUAAAGAUAUUCGAAGACAUACAUAUGACUUAUUAAUAAUCAUGCUUUCAAAAUGGGAUUUUAUUUAUUUGGAUAAACAUGGUCAAUUAAUUCAUGAUGUUAUAAAAAAAGGUUUAUCGGAUGCUGAUGCUGAUGCAAGAGUAUAUGCACGAAAAGCAUUUGGAUUGUUUCGUGAACAUUUUUCUCUAUUAGCUGAUGCACUUCUUGCUACACUUGAUUCAUCAAAAAAGAAAACAUUAAUGGGUGAAAUGAGUAAUGCAUCAAGUACACAAUCAUUAGCAAGUAUAGGUAGUUCAAGAAUACGUAGCACAAAAGAUAGUACAUCAAGACAAACUCGAACAGUAACUAAUGACAAACAAAGUUCAUCGAGUAAUUUAGCUCGAUCAUCAAGUGCUAAUGAACUUGCAUUACGAAACAAAAAGGCAUCAUCAACAGCAUACACUAGUUUAAAUACAACUUCUGUUCAAAUAGCACAUAAUCGAUCUGAAGUACUUACUCAAACAACACAUACUAAAAAAGCUUCUUUACUAACAUCAACUUCACCAAAUAUUGUAUCCCAAUCUCAACCGGGUAGUCGUUCGACAUCACCCCAUCAUUUAUCAUCAAUAUUACGUACAUCAACUAAUACUCGUUCACGAAUACCAAUAGGUUCAAAUGGUGGUUCACGAAUAUCAAGUCGAGAAUCAAGUCCAGGACGAACACCGGUGAUUGCUAGUGGUGGUGGUGGAAAUAAACGUCGAUUAGGGCGAUCAUAUGGAUAUCGAGGACCAGGAAGUGAUUAUGGUGAUCAUAUUAGUGGACGUCGUUUUAGUGGUUCAUUACAUGGUGAUAGUGGUGAUGAUGCAUCAGAAACAUCAAGUAUAUGUUCAGAAAGAACAUUUGAAGAUGUAACUGAUAUUUUACGUCGAAUGUCUAGUAAUGAAUGGGCUGAACGAAAAGAAAGUCUCGCAAGUUUAUAUCAUACAAUUCGAUCAGGACGUACAUUCAGUCCUCCAGAAUUAAAACUUUUAACUGAAUUAUUAACAAAACGUUUUCAUGAUCCAAAUUCACAAGUAUUUUCAGCAUUUCUUGAUGUUUUACCAGAUUUUAUAAUAGCUUAUAAACGUGAAUUGAAUGAUUGGCUUUAUAUUUUAUUGACUCGUUUAUUAAUUCGUAUGGGUGCACCGGAUUUACUUGAGUCUGUUUUUAAAAAAUUAAAACAAUGUUUAUCUAUUGUUAAUACAUCAUUUGAUGUUCAUGCACAAUUUAUUGUACUUAUUCGUUUUAUUAAUGAUAAUUCUUCAGCACCAGGAAUUAAAGUUAAAGAAAUACUUUUACGUUAUUUACAACAACUUAUACAACAUAUGGAACCUGUUGAUAUAACUAAUAAUACAGAUAUUCGAGUUGCUUUAUCAAAAAUUAUUAAUUGGUCAAGUGAACCAAAAAGUGUUGAGAUGAGAAAAAUUGCACAAGCUGUUAUUCUUGCUCUACAUAAUCUCAAUCGACCAGAAUUUAAUUUAAUGCUUACUGCUUUACCACAAAAUUAUCAAGAUGCUGCUGCAAAAGUUAUUCGAUCUGCUAAUGAUAUGCAAUCAUCUACUCAUUCUCAACUUGAUAAUAAAUAUGAUUUUUUUCAAAGACCAAGUUAUUCUGGUUUAACAUCUCCAAUGACAACAUCAAUGCAUUCAGAUAUUCAAAGUCCAUCUUAUGCAUCUGAUAUGCGUAUAUUAAUGGAAAAUAUGCAAGCAUUAAAUGUAAAUAAUCAUCAAGAUGAUUUAUUAUUAAUAAAUUCUACACCAUUAAAAGAUAAAGAACAACGUUCAAUGAUUCCUGUUCGAGCUCAUACAUCACAAUCUUAUCGUACAACUUUAACACAAAGUCAAAUGUCAGAAACAUCAGAUAGUAUUUCUGAUACACCUGAUCGUCCAGCAGCUAUUAAUAUAGCUCUUAAUAUAGCAAAUACAAUAACAUUAUCAAAAGAACAACGACAACAUGCAUUACGUUGUAUAUUAAAAUUUGCAAAAUUAAAUGAUAUUGAAACAUGGAAUAUAGCGUUUAGUAAAACAUUAAAUAUUUUAACACAAAUUCUUGAUAAUACAAAUGAUGAUGUUAUAUUUAAAGCUUAUAGUCUUCGUAUAAUACGUGAAUUAUUAAUUCAUCAUACAAAUUUAUUUAUGAAUUAUAUUGAACUAACUAUUUUUCGAAUAUUAAAAGCACAAAGUGAAAAUGAAAAUGAUAUAACUCGUUCAGCUGAACAAGCAGCUCAUGCUGCAGCUCAAUAUUUACCAGCUGAAAGUAUUGUUCGUGUACUUAAACCAAUAACUGAACAAGCAAAAUAUCCAAUGAAUCAAUCAGCUAUAACAAUGUUACAAAAAACAAUUGAAUUCAUGAAUAAAGAUACAUGUUUAGAUUUAAUGCCUGAAAUGAUUCCAUCACUUUUAACAGUGUGGGAUGCUAAUUCCCAGGGUCUUACUGGUGCGACUAGUUCUUGGGAUAAUGAAACAUCAAGUGUAAGAAAAGCGGCUGUAUUUUGUUUAGUAUCGAUUUAUUUGGUUGUUGGUGAUGCACUUCGUACUCAUUUACAUAAAUUAAGUCCAAGCAAGAUCAAAUUAUUAAAUGUUUAUAUUUCCAAAGCUCAACAGCAAACAGCUACAAGUAAUACAGAAAAAUUAUCAACAACAAAUGGAACUAAUAAUACAACUUCCUAA